CCCAAAGUGUGUAGUCUGUUGAGAAAGGGGGCAACGCACGCCUCUUGAUGCCCCCUCGCUCUCUCUUUAGUAGACCAAGGUGAAACUGGACCACACGCUCCAUGCUCUAUAAGAAGGCCUUGCCUCUUGCCUCUUGCCUCCAUUCAACAUUACAAGGUGAAAUCUCGCUCGCACCAACCAAACAAGGCCUUUAGUCAUUCCAGAGAAGAUAAGAGAAGUGAAGAUUCUACAUCUUCAAUUCAACAAGAUGAAGAUGAGCAGUGCUACCAUGGGAGCCUCCAAGAGAAGGUUGUCUGGAAGAGGACUCGGAGGAAUCCUCAGGGAACAGAGGGGUCGGCUUUACAUUAUAAGAAGAUGUGUUAUCAUGCUUCUCUGCUGGCAUGAUUGAAGGAAGCUCUGUGAUCUUCACCGAGUCGCCAACAGUUAUCGGCAGCGGCGCUUCUUUUUUUGAGUGUAAAUAGCCAAAGGCGAGUUUUGUCAAGCAUUGGCAAAUGCCAAUUUUUGUAUCAGUUUUUGGCCUCUUGGGCUUGUUUUGUACAUCGGAAAGAAGUUUAAUGACAAGUUAGAUUUUCUAUCUCCCAAA